CGGGCCUUGAGCACCAUGGCUGUGGCCGGGGGCCCCACGGGCGGCCCGUGCGCGCCGGCGCUGGAGGCCCUGCUCGGGGCCGGCGCGCUGCGGCUGCUCGACUCCUCGCAGAUCGUCAUCAUCUCCACAGCUCAGGACGCCAGCGCCCCGCCGGCCCUCGCCGGCCCCGCUGCGCCCGCCGUCGGCCCCCGUGACCCCGACCUGCUGCUCUUCGCCACGCCGCAGGCGCCCCGACCCGCACCCAGCGCUCCGCGCCCGGCUCUCGGCCGCCCGCCGGUAAAACGGAGGCUGGACCUGGAAACUGACCAUCAGUACCUGGCUGAGAGCAGUGGGCCCGUGCGGGGCAGAGGCCGCCACCCAGGAAGAGGUGUGAAGUCCCCCGGGGAGAAGUCCCGCUAUGAGACAUCCCUGAAUCUGACCACCAAGCGCUUCCUGGAGCUGCUGAGCCGCUCGGCGGAUGGUGUCGUAGAUCUGAACUGGGCAGCUGAGGUGCUGAAGGUGCAGAAGCGGCGCAUUUAUGACAUCACCAAUGUCCUCGAGGGCAUUCAGCUCAUCGCCAAGAAGUCCAAGAACCAUAUCCAGUGGCUAGGCAGUGACGCCAUGGUGGGGAUCAAUGGGCGGCUUGAAGGGCUGACCCAGGACCUUCAGCAACUGCAAGAGAGCGAGCAGCAGCUAGAUCACCUGAUGCACAUCUGUACCACCCAGCUACAGCUGCUUUCUGAGGACUCUGACAACCAACGCCUAGCCUAUGUGACCUGCCAGGACCUUCGUAGUAUCGCAGACCCUGCAGAGCAGAUGGUAAUGGUGAUCAAGGCCCCUCCAGAGACCCAGCUUCAAGCUGUGGACUCUUCAGAGACCUUUCAGAUCUCCCUUAAGAGCAAACAAGGCCCCAUCGAUGUUUUCCUGUGUCCUGAGGAGAGUUCAGGGGGGAUCAGCCCUGGGAAGACCCCUUCCCAGGAAGCAUCUUUUGGGGAGGAGAAGACAGCUGACCCUGUCACCACAGUGCCACCACCAACAUCUCCCCACUCGUCCCCCACCACGGAUCCCAACCAGUCCCUGCUUAGCCUGGAGCAAGAGCCCCUGCUGUCACGGAUGGGUGGCCUCCGGGCCACAGUGGACGAGGACCGUCUGUCCCCACUGGUGGCUGCUGACUCGCUCCUGGAACAUGUGCGGGAAGACUUCCCCAGUGGGCUCCUUCCUGAGGAAUUCAUCAGCCUCUCCCCCCCACACGAGGCCCUUGACUACCACUUUGGCCUGGAGGAAGAUGAGGGCAUCAGAGACCUAUUUGACUGUGACUUUGGGGACCUGACCCCCCUGGAUUUCUGAUGGGGGCUUUGGGGCCAGGGUCUCCCGAGAUACCUACCCCAUGUCUGCAGCCCUGGAGCUUCCUGCUCUGGGUCAACCUUCUGGCCCAAUUAGAAAAGUAUAAUUUAUACCCUCUCUCCUUUCUCCAGCAGCUUCUAGCCCUGGGGUCUGGCUGCAGCCAGGAGGUUGAGCAGGCCAGGAAAGGAAGGAUUCUGUGUGUGUGGUAUAUAUAUGUACCUGACACCCCGCUUGUGUGUAGUGUGGGGUGAGUAGUGUGAGCAUGUGUGUGUGCGUGUGUGCCUGUACCGGGGAAUGAAGGUGAACACACUUGCAUGUAUUGAAGACAUGCUCUAGUGUGUCCACAUGUGUGUGAAUGAGUCCAUGUGUGUGCAUGGGGUGCUCUAACUGCACUUUUGGUUUCCUUGCUCCAGGGGCCCAGUGUGGCCCAGGUGGCUCCCUGUUCCCAGAAUCCUGUGCUUUGACUAGGCCAGGUGGGAGGCCUUGGCUGGCUAGGCUUGCAGGGCAGCGAGAGCACUUCUUGUCUUAAAGGUUUUCUGAUCGAAGCUUUAAUGGAGCAUUUAUUUAUUUAUCAAGGUCUCUUUGGCAAGCCUGAGGAGUGAGCAAGGGUGAGACGGGUGUGGGGCUGACACCCCCACUCCCUAUAUCCUUGUGCAAGGGCAAGGAUCCUCCAGCUAUUCUUUGCCCUACCUUGGAGGAGCAGAGGCCUGAGCGGUUUAUUUAUUGGUAAAGGGAGGGAGGGAGACAGAUUGGGUGGAUGGAGGGAGGGAUGGUCCCUUUUCCAGGGGGAUCACUUUAGGGCCCUAGCUACAUGCACCUCAUGAAUAUGAGGGAGAGGUGAAUGGGGACCUUCACUGACAGGGUAGGCCAGAAGGGUGGGUAAAGGGCUCACUAGCCUAGACCCAGGGGCCCCUCCUGUGGUAUUUGAACCCCCCCCUUACUGCUCUGUCCCACCUUCCAAUCUGCACUUUGUUUCUUAACAGCUCUGUUCCCUCCUGCUUUGGUUUUAAUAAA